AGAGGUCGCAGGUCACAGAGGAAUCCAUCGAAACAGGAAAGGGAGCUUCCUCGGUCCAGCUUCAAACACUCAAAAACCUGUUUCCUCUCUCCGCCACAAAUAAAACCCCCAACCGGGGAUUCACUGCAGGUUCAUUGUGAAAGCAGCGGCUUUGAGACAGGGAAGUAUCCAGAGUCUUCUAUAUAUGAGAGAGUCGCUGCAAAGUUCUCACAAGCCAAGAGAAUGAGGGAGGUAUUCUUGCUGCUGAGCUUGCUGGCCUUGGGAUGCAGCAGUGCAGAAGUCGAAGCAACCAGCGCACCUGCGGUGGAGAGCGAAGCGGAGAGCAGCCACCUGGGCUUGACUUCACCUGAAACGCAGGACCUCAGAAAUGUAUUGGCAACCUCCCUGCCUCCUACUUCAGAGAAGCUGGAUGCUUUGCUGAAUGCAAGCCAAGAGGAAGGUGAAAAGCACAGCUCUCCUCUAGCCACGAAAGAGGCACAGGGGUUGCACACUCCAUCAGAGCAGAAGACACCCUUGGCCCUUACCGUAACUCCUAGCCCAGGGAAUAACAGUGACGGCGGUUCUCCCAAUGGGAAGCGAUUCAUCCUGCCUAGCAAUGCUGGGGUUCCUCCACCAUACCAUCCUUGGAAUCGCCUUCCUCCAAAGGAAGUUUCUGAGAAAAACCAAGGGACUAUGGUGAGCAGGUCUUCCAGACACUCAGAAGAUAGCAGCAAGCAGAAUGCAGAUCUCAAAAAGCCCAGCUUCGAAACCACCAGAGGAAAGAACUGGUGUGCCUACGUUCACACAAGACUCCAGCCCACCAUCGUGGUUGACAACAUAGAAACAUAUGCAUCGGGCAGAGCCAAGCCAUGCACCUGGAUUGCAGGACCCUGCGGAUCAAGCUCCCAGUCAAGGACUCGCCAAGCUUACAGGGUCAAACAUAUGAUAGUGACAUCACUGGACUGGAAGUGCUGCCCCGGAUACAGCGGAGCAACGUGCCAGCCCAAAGCCCAACAGGAUCAAUUGCUUCUACACAGCAACCAAGCAGAGAGCAACGCAGCUGUCGGCGGGGGGACGCCAGGGAGCCCAGAGCAGCAACAGCAGCAGGAUCCCAGCGACCCAGCAGUUGCGCAAAAAAUGAAUGAGCAGAUUAGCAGCCAGGAGAUGAGACUGACUUUGCUACAGAAGAAGGUUGACAACAUUUCUGCCGUCGUGAGUGAUGUGAGCGAGACACUCUCCUCUCUGGAAGGCAAAAUCAAUGAAGAUAAGGGCAGAGACUUCCAGGCUUUUCUAAAAGAUCUCAAGUCCAAAAGCAUUGCUGAGCUAGUCAAAGAAAUUGUAAGAGAGCAGGUGAAAGCAUCCCAGAGUGAAACACAAGAGACAGUGGCCCAGAUUUUCAAGAUUACGUCUGGUCUGUCUGCAGAUCUUGAGAACAUCAAACAAAUGAUCAAAAGCUUGAAUGCUUCUCACAACAAAUUGGCUGCAGAUAUAGAAAGCAGGCCCACGAGGAUAGAAAUCCUAGAUAUAAGGACCCAGAUCCUCCAUAUUGAAGAGGAUAUAAGCAUUACAUGUGAGAAGCCAAUUGAAGACCUGCAGGAACAUCAGAGGUCAAUAGAAGCAGCCUUGGAGCAUCAAAGUUCAAGGAGCAACAUAUACUAUGAAUCUCUGAACAGGACUCUGACUCAAAUGAAAGAAGUGCAUGAACAGCUGUUGACAGCAGAACGGAUCUCAGACCAGAACAUCCCAACAGCAGGGAACUCAAUAACCGAUAACCUUACAGAUUACAUGGUUGGUCUUCACGAGAAAGUGAAAACACAGAGUCUGAUGGUUCUGCAGCUCUAUGAUGACCUCAGAGUCCAAGACAGCAAGAUCAGUAACCUCACCGUAGCGUUGGAGAUCCAGAGAGAUAACUUACAUGGAGAGUGCAGCAGCAUAUUGUCCAAAUGCCGGCGGGACUUCCAAACACGACUGAAGGGCAUGGAAGAGAACAUGCACUCCUUAAAUAAAAGCAUGGAGAACCUUGUGUUUCCUUUGGAUGAUAAGAUGGACAAGAUGAACGAGCAAAUUAAUGACCUCUGUUACGAUAUGGAGAUCCUCCAACCCUUGAUUGAGCAAGGGGUUCCCUUCAGCCUUACAUCGGAAUAUGAGCAACAGAUUGCAAUGGAAGCUAUAAGCAGAAAGCUGGAAAAUUUAACCAGUGUUGUGGCAGGACUAAGUUCCACCACUGAAGAACUCGUCAAAAGCAAGAAGGAGCUUAAAGAUGAGGCUCAGGCUUACAAUGAAAUCUCUGAGAGGCGUAUUAAUGAAUGUUUCAUUUUAAUGGAGGAUGGCUUAAACAAGACCAUGAUGGUUAUCAACAGUGCCAUUGAUACUAUCCAGGAUAACUAUGUGCUCAAAGAAACAUUGAGUACCAUGAAGAAUGAAACGAAGGCCUGCUGCAGUAGCGCUGAGAAGAUGGAAAGCAUAUUGACAUUAAUACCUCGGUUUCAAGAGAUGAAUGAAUCCCUUCAGGUGCUAGUCAAUGAGAACAGGAAAGGUGUCUUUACUUCAAAUGCAAUCCAUUCUUCUUCUUCAUCAUCUGGUGAUCUCAGCAUAGUUCGCCAUAAUCUAAAUGCAACGUUAAACCUGCAAGAGCAUCAUCGUGACAUUGGCCACCUGGAUGGAAAGGGGUCACGCUCCACUCAGGAACAUGAAGAUUAUGAAGGUCGCCUGGCGGCAGUGGAAGCAAAAAUAACCAAGUUUUUAGCAAACAACUGCGUCACAGUAAGAAACAUCAAAGCUGCUUCCACGGAAAAGGAUAAAGUGAUCUCUCUUCAGGUUCAGGCCUUGAGUUCCAGAAUCAGGGCGCUAGAAGCCAAAUCCAUACGCUUCUCUGUGACCAUCCCUGUGUUAAACAAGACUGCCUAUGAAGCACGGAGCUUGUGUGAGGUUGUCUCCGGAAGCCUGAAGGGAAUGAAUGCCAGCAUCCCCAGGUUAGUGAAAGCUGCUCAACCAGACAACUUGCUAUUUCAGAAAGGCUUGCAAGAGCUCACAGAAUCCAUGCUGGAGGUCAAAGCAGGAACAAUCCUAUCCAAUCUAACCUGGUAUGUAGACAAGUCCCUAGAUGAGGCAGUGGACACUAUUACCAAACGUCUGAAGGCAAGUCCUCCUGUUUCUAAAAAGCCACCGCCAGUGAAAAAGAUCCCAGUGAGCACGACUGCAAACCAGGCUGGACGAAUGCAGAGAAACACAGACACUGCUUCAGAAGCAGGUGAUUAUCUGAGCUGCAGCAGCUCCCCGUGCCAAAAUGGGGGGACCUGUGUCAAUGAGAGGAAGAGCUUUGUCUGCGCUUGCCGCUAUCCUUUCGGAGGAGCCAACUGCAGCAUGAAGAUGGUGGCGGAAAACGCUCCUACAAGUAUAGAUUUUGCAAAAGGAUCUUACAGAUAUGCACCAAUGGUGGCCUUUUUUGCUUCGCAUACCUAUGGAAUGAAUACUCCUGGCCCUAUUCGAUUUAACAAUCUGGAUGUCAACUAUGGGUCUUCCUAUGUCCCAGCAAAUGGACGGUUCCGUGUGCCAUACCUUGGCAUUUAUGUCUUCGAAUACACCAUUGAAUCAAACAGCCCGCUCCUCUCAGGCUACCUAGUGGUUGACGGAAUAGACAAGCUGGGCUUUCGGUCUGAAAACACGAAGGAGAACAAAUACCUGGAGAGAGUGGUUACUGGAGAUGCCUUACUGGAACUGAACUACGGGCAAGAAGUCUGGCUCAGGCUGGCAACAGGCUCUAUCCCAGCCAAAUACCCACCUGUCACUACAUUUACUGGCUACAUAUUGUACCGCACAUAAAUUCCAUUCUAUAGAAAAGCGGUCACUCACAAUGGAAACUCUUCUCCUUUGCUUCUAAUAAAAAUAACUCCUGUUUGAGGCUGCCAUCUUUUCUUUUAACAGCUGCAUGAUAGGCAGAAACGAGGCAUGAAACCUCUUUCUCAAAUCAGCAUCUUCGUGCUGUAGGAAGCAACAUUCUGCCUGCCACACAGAUGUUAAAAGCAGGGAGGGCCUUGUGGAAAAUAGGUGUUGAGGCCCAUCUCAUUAGAUAGUUACCUGAAUGUCAAAUUCUGAAAACAGCCAGCUGUCCCAUUGCACCUUUGAUGGGCAAAAUGGAGGUAUUUGUAAAUUGUUGUUGUUGUUUAGUCAUUUAGUCAUGUCCGACUCUUCGUGACCCCAUAGGUCUCUCAUAGUUCUAGGCACACCAUCAGCUGAAUGUCUCCAGUAUGUCCAUUAUUUUUAUGCAACUAUUUUGCACCAGUAUAAAAGAAAUGUACAAGAAGUUAUGCAUGUUAUCACCAUUGUUUAAGUGAAUUUGAUUUCAGUUCCUUUCAAGAUUCAUGUGACGCAGGCCACCAGUGGGUAAAACUUAAGCCUUGCUUUUAUGGUCCACCAGCCAGUUGUACAAUAGUGGCUCAGGGUGGGGGCAGACAUACACUAAGUUUUUAGGGACCUCUGAAUGCAUGCUUAAGUCUGGAACUGAGCUUACUGCCCUGUCACACAAGGAUCCAUUCCUGGAUUCCCUCCCAUUUUCCUUCAGUUCAGCCUUGAACUUCAGGGUGUGGAAAGCUUUUUUGUUGUUGCUCUUGUCAAGCUACUGAGAUUCCAAAACAUGUGUAGUGUCUACUGCAAAUCACUCAGUAGAUUCCUUCUGCCCACCCUGUCCUGGCAUAGCCAUUUGCUCAUGUACUAGGCAGAUUGUGAUGACACCAUUUUCGAUUUUGGGAGGAAGCUGUUGGGAUGGCGGGUGCCAUCGAGCUGGGAAGGGCACCACCUUUGUCACUGGAAUGGUUACAUAAACAGACCAGCAGAAUGGGACUGCAUCACUGGGAGAUUUUCCCAACCCAAUGGGUCCACUUCUGUGAAAGGGGCCUGCUUAGGAAGCACCUAAACUUUUGAAACCCGGAUCCAAAAUGGCCAGAUUUCAUUAGGUUUCACUCUUCAUUUGGUUACAUAGAAUACUUAGUUGAAGAAGCAAUGUGCAUAUAGGCCAAAUAUAAACCAUGCCUGCAUAUAUACUCAAUUGGCUUCCAUUUAGUCUCACCACCACCCUUUCAUUUUUCUUUGUUCAUACCCAAAUUUGUAGCCGGUCAGACAUGUAAGGUAUUCACAUUUUACCUUGAAAAGAUUCCAUCUAAACAGCAGAAUUCCAGGAAGUGUAACCUCUCUGUAAUUGCAAACUUCCGAUAAGUUUUUAAUAAAUUGUGCGGUGCACACUGAACAGAUUAAGAAAUCAAUCAGAGCACAAAAAGAAAUGUGAUGCUAUGAGGCAACUGAAUGGAAGUAGUCGGGGCCAGGCCAAGACAUUUUGGUGCCUGAGGCAAAGGACAAGAGAGUGCCCGCUCCCUGGUCCAUGUGCAGAAACCAGCUGGGCUGCCACUUGAACCUUAACACUAGUGAUGGAAUAGUGUCAUCCCAUGCCGCCUGCCCAACACCUCUUUCUUGAGGGGUACACCUCCUGCUGAAUGGUAGGGCCGGCCCUGAUGGUAGUUUCUCUUGCUUUAAAAAUAGCAGCAAUAAUUGUUGAGGUGGGGAUAUAUAUAUAUCUCCUAAUUCAAGGGAGUUAUAUGGUUUACACAGUACACCACUCACAGGGGAGAGCUUUGAUGAAAACCUGAUCAACAAUCCAUAUAUUUAAUCUGCAGCUCGUAAAUUAGACAAUUAAUAGCACCAAUUAAGGGGUUAACACAUUCAUCCCCCCCUCACUUCCUGCUGGGUCAUAUUCUCUGAUAAUGAAUCCAUGAUGCCUAAAAUGUUUGGCAAAAAAAAAUGGGUGGGAGACUGCGGCAAAGGAACUGUAUAUUAUUUACAACUGCUGUUGAGAAUAACACUGGCUCAGCUCAUGCUUUGCUUUUUUAAUCCUGUCUUCUGUUUAUAAAAGUAAUCUCCAACACACCAUGAACUCUGAAUAUAUAUAUAUAUAUAUAUAUAUAUAUAUAUAUAUAUAUAUAUUCCAACCAUUUCUUUCAUCAGCUGCACCUUAUCUUUCUGUAAAUACUUAAAAUCCCCCAUUUGUCACUAACCUAUCCUAGCGUAUCAUUGAAUUUUAUCAAAUGUCGUGCCCACAUGGCUAAAUCCCUCCCCACCCCUUGUAUGACUUUGUCAGUUUAAUAACCUGUUUAGCCCUCUUUAUUCCUGCCAUGGAUAGGGCUAAAUAGCGUGGAAAUUACUCUGCGGAUGAAAUUCAAAUGACCCACCAGAGACUGCGUCUCUCUCUUUAAAUAUGACUUUCACUGCCCUUCCUGCCCUCCCUGCUUAAUCCUUCAAGCCAGGUCUCCAUCUUCAGAGUUGCUAAUUGUUUUCUUCUAAAGUCCAUUUCUUGAUAAGGCUAUCUUGUUGUAUAUUUUCCUCCCUGAUACCAACAAAUUUCGUUUCCCCAGAGCAGACCUCUGACCUAUAACCCUUUCAAAUAAACGCAUUUACU